AUGUUUGACGAACUCACGAACAACGCCAUAGCCGAAAUCUCUUCCAGCUAUGGAUCUAAAGCACCUAUCAAUGAUAAAUUGAUCGACAACUACAUCCUCACUUUGGAUUUUGCAACAAUUCAACAACCGUCAUAUUUCCAAUCAAUCAUACCCCUUGUCAAUCAAACAUUACUUGACAGCGCUUACCCCACAAUUGAUCCCACGGGGAUACUAAUAAAAUUGCUAGGAAAGAUCCUAUCUUACCUUAGUUUCAAACAGGUGCUUGAGUACUACCCUGCAGACUUUAUUUUGGAGAAUCUCUUCUCCUCGUCGGCUAGCAGCAUCAUAUGUUUAAAGAUCUUGACUUUGAACAUUCAUGAGUCAGAAACAAAGGACUUCUUGUCGUUUAACCACGUCAUUACCAAGUUAUUAACGGUAUUUUUUAAGGAAACCACGCCUAUUCUGGUUUUGAACCUGAUUGAAUCAUUGGUGUCUGCUAUAAACUCAAAAGAAGGGCAUUUACUAGAGGAGUGUACAGAGAUACUCUCCCUGGUUAGAAAGCUGAACAAUACCAUACUUUUGGCACGCUUGUUAGACCUUCUUUUGAUUUUGACUGACAAAUUUAAUUUGGAUAUGAAGAUGUACAAUUUUGAACGAGAAGAGAUUGCUAAAUUCAUGGAUGACCCAUUAUUCCUAAUUCUUUUGAUUCAGUUUUAUGUUAAUUUGACAGGGUCAGAUGUCAACAUAGAUGAGUCUAUUGCUAAUGUAUUGAUAUUAUUCAAGAAAGGGGAGUUUGAUGAUAUUGUCGAUUCUGAAGUUGCUGAACUCAUAGCUGCAAUGAGUUACCACAGCUAUGACUCCAUAUUGUCCAAUUUUGAGGUAUUCAAGAGUUACAAUUUUAUCAAGAUAUAUGAAAAAGAUGAAGUAGAGUUGAAGCUUUUAUCCAAGUCUAAUCCCGAAGUUGUUUACACACUAAAUGCGUCCAUUUACGAUGAUGUACUAAAGCACUUGCCCUUAUUGGAUCACGCAUACCUUCCCAUUCUACUCAACUUUAUUGCAUCUCCUAAUAUAUGGACCUCGUUGCAAACUAAAUUGACAAAUGAAAGACUCGAGUCCUUGUCAAAGGAUAAAUUGUACCAGCUACUCUUGGCUAUGUCACGGUAUAACCACUCGAAGGAGUACCUUUUCAACAACUUGCCCAAUAUAAUGAGCAAUGAAGUCAUUGGAUCAGACAUUAGAAACAACGACAUUUGGAAAAUCAAGUUACAGAUACUUGAAAACUUGAAGCGCAGUGAUGAUGUUCCUGGGGCUCAUUUUUGGGAGACAAAGAUUGAAGGAUGUUACAAUCUAAUGAAAUUUGGUCAAAGCUAUAAACAUGUGCAGCCUAAAGUCGAAGUAAUUGAUGACACAAUGUAA